CGCGCACCUAGCCUCCUAACAUAAUAGGUCAAGAGAAAACAGUAGCUGUGAGUGUAAAUAGUCCCCAUUUUCGGGGGAAAUAUCACAAAGAAAUGAGUGAGGAAAGCUUGAGCGUCCUCCUUGGCUAUAUGGAAGUAACGUUGCUGUUCCAGUUGUGACAGCUGAUCAGAGGAGUGUCCCAGUGAAAGUGGCCAUGCAUCCCUUUGGCCGUGAGGCUGAGACCUCUCUUCGGGACCUGUUUGAGUACUUCAAGAGGUGCCUGCAGCAUGGAGAGUGGGAGUUGGCCAAUGCCUGUGUGCCACAGCUGGUUAACUCAACGGGAGGACUUUCAGAAAACCUACGAGACAUAAUCAAAGCUAUUGUCUGCCAUCCUUACAAUUUAAAAUGGGAGUCUGUGGGCAGUCCACACAAACUGGCUUGGUUUUGGCUUCAGGUUUUGGAGAAAUGGACAGAAGAGCAGGUCCCUCUCGACGUCAGGAGAGAGCUGGAGUUCCUUCUCCUCCUGGAGGAGUUGGGCUCAGAGAGCAUACCAGACACUGUUCUCAAGCAGGAGUUGCACAUGGCCUUCUUGGACACACAGUCUGAGAAAAGAGCUCCAGAGGGUUCCAGCUCAACAGAUGUGGCUGUUGAGUCUUGCCUGCGGACCUUAUUGGAGAAAAAGAAGCCCAGACUCGCCCAGUCUUUAACGCACUUCUUACAGGACAAGUCAUGCACAGAGGACCACACUCUGCAGCACACUUUCAUCCAACACCUGAUGAAGGUACUGGGAAAACCGGAGAGAAGGCCGGAGAAGGUGGAGGAGAUCUACGCCGUGUUGUCUGUGAUGCCAUGGAGCUCCGGUCGAAGCGGCGGGCAGCUGGAGGCGCUGUGUGAGGCGCUGUGGGCCGCCAGAGACAAGCCCCUGAAGGAGGAGAGGAUCCUGAGCUCGCUGCUCCGCCCCCGGAGCGAUGCCCUCGUCUCUGUUUACUGCUCCGCCGCUUUGAGACUUCAGAGGGAUCAUCUGCUGAGGAGCGCGCCCGAUACACAAGUGGACCUUCCUGAAGCCGAGAAGUUGGCCCUCAGUUUAUGUUGCCACAAGGAUCGUCCAUCCAUCUGGAAGACCAUUUAUUUUGAGUGCCUUAGUAGUGGAAAGCACUUCCUUGAGCAGGUCCUGGUUACUGCACUUGACCUGAUUAAACACGAGGACUUUUCUCCGCUGAAAGACUUACUGAGGUUGGAGUUCCAGCCUUUAUCUCGUCUGCUGUUGCUCCUCGGGUGGACUCAGUGUCGCCGUCUGAGCUCGGCUCAAACGCUGCUCAGCAUCCUUCACCGAGAGCAGGCCCCAGCCAAUGACUCUGUUCUACAGGAGUUUUCUGAUCUUCUCUCCUCUCAGCUUGGAGUACUUGAAUGGUGUAAAAACAACAAUCCAGGGAUUUCCAUGGAGGCAUUGCUGGCACAGCUGCACACUCUGGACAAUCACUCUGCCCUCUAUAUUCUGCAUUCUCUGACUCCUUUGGCUCAGUUUGAGGAGCGCAAGAUACUGGAUCUGCUGCAGCAACUGCCAAAUUCACCAAGAACAGAAGAAACCGAGGUGGUCAGUAAUCUCAGCUCUGGUGUGCAGAGGAACAUAGUUUUGUUCCAGGGCUUCUGUGCCAUGAAGUAUGCCAUCUAUGCUCUAUGUGUAAAUGCACAUAAGUACUCAAAUUGCACCGAGUGUGAGCCUAUGCAGCAGCAACAACAACAGCAACAGCAGCUCUCUGAAGCAGAAGUGGACCAAACCAAAACCCAAACGUCCUCAGAAGGUUACCAUGUGCUGUUCCAGCACUACCUGUCAGAGUGUCAGCUCUAUCUAGAGGCCGUUCCUGCCAUGUUCCGCCUGGAGCUCCUGGAGAACAUCUUCUCCCUCCUCUUCCUGUCCACCACUGACUUUUCCCAGCAGAUCCAAAAAGAAACAAACUGGAACCAGAACACAGGGAAUGUCACUCAGUCAGAACUUUUAGUGGAUACAAGAAACACAAAUGUAGAAUCGGGAACCGAGGCAAAGACGGAUGAGACCGAGUACAGCAGGAAAGAGAACCAGAAGCUGCGUUCAAGUUCACCAUCAGCAGCCCACCGUAGUCACCUGGAGCUGGGGCACUUUAUCCAGGGCUGCAGGGGGUUUCUGGCCGACGUGACGGCCAUGACGGGUUUCCUGAAGCUGCUGAAAGAAGGGUUGGAGGGCAUGCGUGUGCUGGGCCAGGAGGGCCAGGAGGCGGGAGGAGCACUUCUUCGAGAGGCCGAGGCGGUGGAGAACCUCUGCUGCUCGGUGACGGCUGAGACGUUCGGGCCUCGUCUGCAGAAGUUGUCCAAACGCACUGCAGAGGCUCAGUGGAGGCUGCAGAUCAUCACCAGCAAUCAGGGCAGUGGAAGUGGUUCAGAAAGUCCUCUCCAGAUGUCAGCGGUCAGCUCUCCCGUCACUUCUCUGGGACGCAGCAAGAGCUCGAGCCUGAGGAGAAGGAAGAGACCAGGGAGACGUGCUACAGAGAGACAAACCUCAGUGGAGAAACACAAUGGAGAAGUUAGCACGAGUGCAUCAGAUGGUGGAGGAGGGACAGGUUGUGUGGAGUUGGAGGUUUGUCCAUGCGGAGGUCCACACAGCUGGCUUGUCCCCGCCUUGUUGUCCCCACCAGAGUCUCUACUCAUGUCCUGCAUCCACCGAGGAAACUUCAUGGAGGCUCAUCAGGUGUCUCUGGUGUUUAAUCUGGAGGCGUCUGCCUGUUGUGGUGAGCUGGUGUUCAUGGAACACUACCAUGAAGUGCUGGUUGAGCUGGGACGGGUGGAGCAGAAGAUGGAGAGCCAGUCCAGGUCUUCAUCCUCAUCCUCCUCAGAGGGUUUGGGGACAGCAGCUGUGUCGGUGGCAGGAAGGAGUCGGCUGGGCAGCAGUGGGCUAUCAACCCUGCAGGCCAUCGGAAGUGCGGCUGCUGCAGGAGUGGCUUUCUACUCCAUCUCUGACAUAGCAGACCGUCUCCUCAGCACCCCUGCUCACCCGAUGCACUCACUGGAGGACGGAUACUGGCUGAGCCGCUGCACCUCAGACCCCUCUGGCCUCCUUUACACACUGCUGGAGGAGCUCAGCCCGGCAGCCAUGGCGGCCUUCGACCUGGCCUGCUGCCACUGUCAGCUCUGGAAGACGUCCCGACAGCUGCUGGACACCACGGAGCGCAGACUCGGCAGCAGCCUGGAGGCUCGAGGAGUAAGAGUCGACCCCAAGGUUCCACAUUCUGAUGGGAUCUGUGGAUUUCCUGUUGUAUUACAGCAGAUCAACAAGAUCCUGACUCAUUCUGCCACUAACAAGAGCUCUGUCAAAACAGAAGCUGUUGGGGAAGACCAAGUGUUCACCAGCCCAUUUGGUUGCUGCAUCCAGGAAGUGCUUCUGUGUUGCUACCCAGCCCUGAGUGAAGAGUCCAUCGCUGCUCGGCUCGGUCUAGCUCAACGUUUGGAGACCACCCUGCACAUCUUGAGCACCGCUACAGAUGGCACAGAGGGCAGCGUGGGCAGCGCUCUGCUGGCGCAAUUGGUUGACCAGGCCAAUCUAAAGCAGUCGGAGCUCGACGCCCACCCCGUGCGCUCCAGCAUGAAGCAGCUGCUUCGUUCUCUGGAUCAGCUUUGCCCCUUCGAGCCAGGCGGAGAUCUCGCCAGACCAGAUUACGUGCGCAGCUUCCUCGACUAUGUCAACACACUGGCAUCUGUGUUAGUGCGCAGCCUUGGUUCAGAAGAUCAGAGCAGCGAAGCAGUGAAGCUCGGGAAUCCACUGCUGGUGUUGCUUCAAGCCCCGUUUCAGCUCCUCUCCUACCUGCUGUUCGACAGACAGGUGUCUCCUGACAGAGUGCUGUCCUUGCUGAAGCAGGAAGGUCUGCGACUGAGCGUCCAGCAGGUGAUUGUCCAGCGAUGCUGUGAGACUCUGCCUGUGUGGAUCUCCUAUCCAGCUGAUGACAGCGACUCUAAUCGGGCCAAGAAAGAUGACGGAGUGUUCGGUGUGGCCAGUUUGUCCGUCCUGCUCCAACAGCAUGCUCAGGAGCACGUGUCGACUCUGGGAAUCACAGAGGAGUCUGAGCUGAGCUCGGAGUCUGAGGACUCUGUGGAGGACCUCUCCCCUACACCCACCAACCUCUCCAGUUCGCCACCAUCCUCUUCCUCCUCCUCCCUCUCUUCCUCAAGCUCAUUCCUCCUCACACCGUCAGCUCUGUCUUUCCUCAAGUCUCGCUCCCCUUUACUGGCCACACUGGCGUGUUUGAGUGCCUGCAAAGGAGAAACCGCCCGGACACAAACCUCCGGAUGGUCUGGCUAUUUCCGUAGCAGCCGUAAAGAGGUUGCCCUAGAUGGAGAGCAGAUUUCUCGUGAAGCAGAUAACCUCCUGAAGGAGUUCCCUAUUCUCCGGUCCUACCUUCACACCAUGGCGGAGCCGCUGCUGGGCGCCCUCCUGUUAAGUGAGGGCGAGGAGGUUUCUGCCGGACUAGGGGCGGUUGUUUGUGGGAAACCCGUCGUCAGUCUCCUGCUCUCUGGGCCUCAAGAUGAAGUUGCCCAGGCCGUGGCUGCUGAGGCCUUCCAUCAGGCUCUGUCCUCCAGAGACCUCAGCAGAGCCCUCAGUCUGUUGGAGCUGUACGGGCAAGGCUGCAGCCAGGAGGGGGCGCUAAGAGACCGCCUACUGGCCUGUGCUGCCUUAGAAGAUGGAGAUAAAGGUAUCGGUCAGCUGUUCCGCGUUCGGGAUGCUAACCUUCGAGCGCGCGUUGCCCUCCAGGCUCUGGAGCGCUGGCCUCUGUCCGCCUGCCUGGAGCUGCUCGAGUUCUGCCUCAACGACCUGAGCACAGACACCUCGCUGAGGACGGACUUGGAGCUCAAGAAGAAAGAACUGGACAUCUAUCACUGGAUGCUGAAUUUACAGCCUCCGUUUCCUUGGGCUACUUGGCAGGAGCUGAGGACGGAGUCGAAGACGAACUCUGAGUCCCUGUUAUCUAUGAUGGUGGAGGCAAAAGAGUUUGCUCUUUGUGCACAGUGGGUUGAACUCUAUCCUGUAUCCGACCAGCUGAGGCUGCAGCUACAGACUGAGCAAUUGCUUCAUCUGCUGGAGAAGGGACAGACAGACGAGGCUUUCCAGUUACUGGAGGGCCUCUCGGACUUUGUGGUCGGCCUAGACGUUUGUGAGCGCGCUCUGGACCGCCGCCCCGGAUUGGCUGCCUGUCAUUUCCUGGCUGACUACCUCACUCUGCAUUUCCAGAGGCAGGUGUCUCCAGCAAGGCGACGUCACAUCCACGCCCUCCACCUGGGCUCCAAGGUGUUGCUGACUUUGCCUCCAGCGGCCAGGCAGGAGUACUUCCCCCUGCUGUCGGAGCCCCUGCUGAUGCUCGAGCAGCUGUUGAUGAACCUGAAGGUCGACUGGGCAGAGGUGGCGGUGCGAACCCUGCGGAGCCUCCUGGUUGGUCAGGAGGCCGGCUUCAGCGCCGAGGACAUCGAUAAGCUUCUGGCCGACUAUGCCGGCAAGGCCCUCGACUUCCCCUGCGCCCCGAGAGAGAGGUCUCGAUCUGACUCUGUAAUCAGCCUCCAGGAUGCGCUGAUGCAAUGUCCUGCUCAAGACAGCUGCUCCCUAUCUUCCAAUCGAAUCGAAUCUCCAGCAAACUCUGCAGGCAGCACACCAACACACACCACCUCCUCAAACAGCACGGACAGGGAGAAUGAUCGAAGCUCCGCAGGGAGAAAACAGCGCUCGUCUGCCAAGUUCCUGCCUCCGGACCAACCCCCGGCCCGCAAAGACUGGGUCCCUGACACCAAGCGGGACGUGUGCAUGGUCUGCCAGCGUGAGAGGUUCACCAUGUUCAACAGGCGGCAUCAUUGUCGGAGAUGUGGCCGUCUGGUUUGUCACUCGUGUUCAGAACAUAAGAUGUCUGUCGAUGGCCGCCCAGGAGAUGAAGAAGUCAGAGUCUGUGACCAGUGUUAUGCCUACUUUCACCCAGAUUCUGAUGAUGAGCUGGAACCAGCUGAAGUGGCUGGAAGCCCCGCGGUCACAGAGGAAGCUCUCGACGGGAUGCUGCAUCUGCCUGAAGUGGUCCAACGACGGAUCCAACUCAGCACAAACCCUGCAGAGAACCAGCUGCUGCGGAGCGAGUUCUACUAUGAACAGGCUCCCAGUGCGUACCUCUGCGUGGCAAUCUUGUCUCUGCACAAUGACCAGACGGCAUGUGGUCAUCACCUCAUCAGCCACUGUCGAUCUCUGUCUCGUAAGCUGACCAAUCCAGAGGUGGAUGCCUGCCUCCUCACCGACAUCAUGCGGCAGCUGCUCUUCAGCGCUAAGAUGAUGUUUGUUAAGGUUGGCCGCAGCCAGGAUCUCGCCUUAUGCGACAGUUACAUCAGCAAAGUAGACGUGCUCAAAAUUCUAGUAACGGCCAAUUACAAGUAUAUCCCGUCUCUGGAUGACAUUCUGGAGACUUCUGCUGUCACACGUCUCCGUAACCAGCUGUUGGAAGCAGAGCACUACCAGCUAGCAGUGGAGGUGUCUACCAAGAGUGGCCUGGACCCUGGCGGCAUGUGGCAGGCCUGGGGGAUGGCAUCUCUCAAGGCAGGUAACCUUUCUGGAGCGAGGGAGAAGUUUGCUCGCUUCCUGAAGGCUCCAGUGGAUCGCAACCAGCUCAACCUGGGUCCCUUACUGCUGCAGGAGGUUGUCCAGUACCUGGAGACCACUGUGCAACCCGGUCUGGCCACGUCUCUCGGUGAGGACAUCUUGGCGUCCCUACGGGAGCUGGAGGACGCCCUGUGCGAAGCCAGUCCUGUGGAUCGACCAGAGGGUCCGACACAGAGAAGCAACCUCCACCAGGAGUGUCUCUACUACCUGAACACAUACGGCACUCACAUGGCACUCAUCAGCUUCUACAUGCGUCAUGACUGCAUGCCAGAGGCUCUGACAUACCUGCUCAACAAGGAGUGCCCAGACGAGGUUUUUCUAGAGGGUGUGUUGCAGCCCAGUCUGGAGCGGGGCCGUCUGGGCAUGCUGCAGGGCAUACUGGAAAAACUUGACCCUGGCCUGGAAACAUGCAGCCGCUACCUAAUGGCCUCCUGUCAGUUCCUGCAGCGGCGGGGAUACUUCAACACUCUCUACCAGCUCCAGCAGUUCAUGAUGGAUCAGGUGCGGGCGGCUAUGACCUGUAUCCGAUUCUUCACUCAUGGAGCCAGUUCGUACCUACAGCUGGGAGAAAAUCAGCGCUGGCUGGUCAAAGCCAAAGAGCACUUGAGGACAUACCUGCAGGAGCAGCAAGGUCGGGGAGCUGUGAGGAAAAGAUCUUCGGUCAACUCAUUCAGGAAGAUGAUGUCGUCCAGUGACGUAUCCAGGCAUAUGAACACAAUUGAGCUUCAGCUGGAGGUGACCCGUUUCCUCCAACGCUGUGAGACGGCGGCCUCCUCUAAGGCGCCAAAGACCAGUUUACCUUCCCCCAAGUCCCCCGGAUCCACUUCACCACCGACACUGUUUGGAGGAAGCCCCGUGAAAGUUGAGGUUGCCUGCAAGGUGAUGCUUGGAGGAAAAAACAUAGAAGAAGGUUUUGGCAUUGCAUAUAGAGUCAUACAGGACUUCCAGCUGGAGGCCCAGGCGGUCUACGUGCGGGCCGGCCAAAGGCUCGUCCGCCAGAGGCAGUAUGGAGCCGUACGGCAGCUGCUCAAAUGUGUCGGUGAAUCGGGCACCGCCACCAAGAACGACUGCGACGCCCUCAUCCUCAGCUGUGUCUCCAUUGCAGAUAAGGGACCAGCUGAUGCCAAGGAGCUGGAAAGUCUCAUUCUGGAGACCAAGAGCACAGAGAGCAAGAUCAAAGCCUACCUGAUGUGCAGUAAACUGAGACCAGCAUACCUGCUGGCGGUGAAGCUGGAGCCGAGCCGAGCCGGCCCGUUGGUCCAGGAAGUCCUCCAGGCCGCCGAGGGAGCGCAGGACUCCGUGAUGCAAAACAUCUGUGGCCAGUGGCUGUCGGAACACCACAGCAAGUCAUCUCAGCAGCGCCAGGGCCGACCCAAUGCCAGGUAAAGGCAUGACGAGGGAUUACACCAACAGCACUUGAAAACAAUUGAGCCCCAAAUAAGAGGAUCCAGGGUUUCUAAUGUUACACAGUUAUAGAAACGCAGGGGAAUGUGGAGGAUUAGUAAACUUUCAGAUAGAUAUGACUGCACAUUGGGUGUAUCAGGAGAGCAGCUGUUGCACAUGUUACAUUACAUGCAGAUUGUUAUAAUGAUAUACAGCACACUUUACACUCAGUCUGUGCUGAGGAGUGGAUGUGGCCCACAGGAGUCAAAAGGAUUUUGGUGUCUAUGCUCAAAUUUAGUUGUUGGAGGUUUGAAAAACAUAUUUCUAAGAGUUUAAAUUCUCCUCUUGCUACAGUUAUGUACAGCUGUACUCCCUGAACCUGUGAUGUAGCUUUUAGGUGUGGUGAUGCACCAUUGAUACCUGGUGUGGUCAGAGGUGACACAGACGAGAAGCUUUCAACGGGACAGGUUAGUGAAACACUGUUUCUAUUUCAGUGGAAACAUCUCGAAACCCUGACGAUCACUUUCUCUUAAUGUUUGUGCAGCCUUCCUGUCCGUAAAACUGACGAAUCACCACCGUGCUUUAUUUCCAUUCUGGAAAUAGUUUGCUGUACACUUUUUGAGAGGGAACAAUAUCACUGGACCUGAGUGACAACUAUUGCAAACUGCAAUGUAAACCGAUGCAGUCGUUGUUACACAAUAUAAACUCAUCUAAGAACUCAGAUUAAUCUCCUACCUCAGCCAAAAGGGAAAAUAUCUUGAACUGACUGGAGGGCCUUUGAUAAAUGUGUUGCCUGUCUUUUGUUUAUUUUUAUUAUUUAUGUGUCCUGACUGUUUCAGAGUGUGAAUUUAGACGUCAAUGCAAUUAGAUGUCCUCCGCCAAGCACGGUACAUGUUUAAACCUUGUAAAAACUAGUAGUUAACUACUAAAAGUAUCUUGUUUUUGUAAUCCUGAUGAAGCUGUUUACCUGUUUUACCUGAUAUUGUAUAGCAUAUUUUAUGGCCAGCUUUCAGCGUAUAUUCCCUUUUGGUAAGGGAAAUUAAUAUCAAACAGGAUUUGAGGUAUUUUAGGGCAUUUAAGAUGAUGUUGAGCAACUUACAAGAAAGUAAAAGUUUUAGGUUGGAUACA